AUGGCGGCCUCAACCUCGGCUAUAAUUGAAGACUUUGUCGCUUCCUACGAGAAACACCGCGACUUUUACAACCACACCGCAAUGGCUGCUAGAAAGACUUGCGAGGCAGCCCUGGAAAGACAUCAUAUACCAUGCCUCGUCAGCCAUCGAGCAAAAGAAGCGGCGAGUCUACGCAAAAAGCUAUAUGCCCGACAACUUCUUCGUGGCCACGUCUACUCCAGCAGAGAAGAGAUCAAAAGCGACAUAUCUGACCUGGCUGGCGUGCGCAUCGCUCUUUACUAUCCUCGGCACGGAGAGGAGGUCAAGCUCAUACUCAAUGACGAAUUUACUGUCGUGGAAAAAAAGACCAUCAACCGCAUGGGCAUUGACGAAGCAAUCCACGGCGGCUUCGACCGAUGGUUCCCGGGCUACUGCGCAAAGCACUAUCGAGUCCACCUCAAGAACGGGACCGUCAAUCAGGAAGGCGUCCCCAUACACAACACAAAGGUCGAGAUCCAGGUCGUCUCCGUGUUGCGACAUGUCUGGGCCGAGGUCGAACACGACGUGGUCUACAAGGGAAAGCUCAGGGCGAGCAGAGACGACCACCGCAUCCUGGACGGUUUAAGCGGUGCGGUCUUUCUCGGGGAAUGUUUCCUGGAUCAGCUCUAUCAAACCCAGGUAGCGAGGACCACCGAUGACAAAGGUUUCAAAACGGUUUACGCGCUCGGAUCGUUUCUGUGGAACUGGACCGCCUCCCUCGGGCAUUGCCAGGUGGAAUAUCCUGUGGAGGUAGAGUUUCUGAAAGAUCUUCUCGGUAUCCUUGGGCUCAACAACCCAAGAACGCUGCGAGAUAUUCUCGGUCAGAUUGACCUGUCCACUCGAGAAGGCAGCGAGUGGUAUUCUUUCCGGGCGGCGUUUCACCCCGCUCGGUCCAGUCUUACAAUGUUCAUAAUGGACCGGAUCCUUGCCAUGCCUGUCGGAGCCAGCAAGCUUGAAAAUACUCCAGUAGCCAACUCUGAGGCGGCCGAUCACGCGAGACACGAGCUUGGCCUUAUCUCUAGUUCCUUGAUCUGGCUCGAUCGGGUGUAUCCGCUCUCGUCUCAAUUGUUCGGAGCUCUCUUCGCCAGUGAUUCAUGGGACCAUUAUCUGCCUGGAAUCCGGUGGCUUGAUUCGCGAAAAGCCCAGGAUUAUUGGAGGGGAAAUGCGGUGCUCACCGACGAGGAAGAGCAGAGGAUCAACCGUCUCUUCCAGUGCUUUGCGCAAAACAAGGAAAAGCCUAUCCGGCUUGCAUUUGCCCUUGCUAGGUUAGGUGUUUUGAAGAGAUAUGCUGCUGACUGGCUGGCGUUGCAUCGCGUCAUCUCGCCGUUGCUUAUUGUCAUAAAGGCUCGAUAUUAG